AUGCUAGGAAGCACAGGCCUUAACUGGCUUUCAGAAGAUUGUGGCAAAACAAUAAAAGCUUUAAACUAUGGACAACCAAUGGAAGAAUAUCACUUUCAUCCUACAGAAAGAGACUGGGGAUUAGCAGCGUCCUGGAGCAAAUGCUCAGAUUUCGUAGGUAAAUCCUGCAAAAAAUACAGAGCUGUUUAUCUGACAAAAAAUUUAGGAGAAACUUGGACAAAAGUUGUGGAUUAUACUGUCCAAUUUUCAUGAGCAUAUAAAAAUUUAGCACAAAAUAUCAGAAAAAAUAUCCCAAAAAAAAGAAUUUAUGUCACAAGAAGUUUGGAGGAAUGAGACCAAAAGGUGGCAGGAUGAAGCUAUAAUGUUGAUAUGAUAAAAAGUGAUGAUUUUGGCUCGAUAUUUUUUGUCAGAAAAUUAAAUAAUUACCCCUCAAAAAUCUCUAUAUAAAUGGUGUUAAAAAAAUUUUCUAAAAUGACCUAGAUUUUUUCAAAACCUCUUCAAUUUUAGUCCCACAUUGAAUAAAUUUUUACUAG